AUGGCAUCUGCAGAUCAACUGUUGGCCAAUCUUCGAGGCAUCGAGGCCAACACUUUUGCGAACGAGGCUGAGCGUAUUCGUGCCAGAGAUGGUCUCUUAGAGACAUUGAGAAAGGUGCAGUCACCAUGGGACCUUGCCUGGGAUCACAAUUGGGCAAAUGGUGCAACAAACGCCGCCAUCAAGACACUCAUCGAUGCAGGCGUCUUUAAGAAAUGGGCAGAGGCUGGUGGUGAGCCAAUAACGUGUUCUGAGCUUGCCCACCUGACAGGCGCCGAUGUAUUGCUCAUCAAGACAGCUGCGGACACGUAUGCCCGCACCCCCUGGGCCAAAGCAUUGGCCGAAGACUCCUCGUUUCCAGGAAUGUAUGGCGGCUUCUAUCACGAGCUCAACAAUCCCAUGUUCCGAACCCUCCCGUUCUUCCUGAAGGAGACGGGCUUCAAGAACCCAACAGACGUCAAUGAUUGCAAUUUCCAAUUCUGGAGGGGCAAGGAUGCCAAUAUGUUUCAGUAUGUUGGCACCAACCCUCUAUUGACGUCUGAUUUCAACGACGCCAUGGAGUGCCAUUCGAAAUACAACUUGACUCCGUGGCCAGAAGUCUAUCCGACCGAUACCGUUGUGGCAGCUGCAAAGCCUGAACGCCCUCUUGUCGUCGACGUCGGCGGAGGCAAGGGCCACGACCUUAAGAAGUUCCUUGCACGUCACCCUGAAAUACCAGCAGGCAGUCUAGUUCUGCAGGAUCUGCCUGAUAUAUUGAAGGGUGUAGAAUCUGACCAAGCCAUUUCUGUCCAGCCAUAUGACUUCUUCACACCGCAGACUGUCGUCGGUGCCCGAGUUUACUUCAUGCAUAAUGUGCUGCAUGACUGGCCUAACACUGUAGCAACUCAGAUUCUGAAAAACAUUGCGGGUGCUAUGGAAAGGGGGUACUCCAGACUACUGAUCCAUGAGAGCUUAGUUACUGAGGAGAAGCCCCUGGCACGUGUGACUGUCUCUGACAUGACCAUGAUGGCAUGCUUGGCAGCCGCUGAGAGGUCCGUAAGUGAAUGGCAUGAACUAGUUGCGAGUGCUGGACUGCAAAUCAUCAAGAUUUGGAGACCAGUACAGUCAGUGGAGAGUAUCAUUGAGGCUGAGUUAGCAUAA